UUUUCUUCUCCAUUGUCUUUCUUUGGCCUCCUUCUGUAGCGUCUUAUUUCUGCACAAAUGAUUCAAUUUCUCUCCCUCCUCUUCUUUCUUACACAGUUUCUCCACCCCUCCCAUGGAGACGUCGGCACCGCCAGUCACUAUAGCCCUCCAUACUUCCCAACGGAGUGCUACGGAAAUGAUGCAUCGCAGUUUCCUUCCAGCAACUUUUUUGGAGCGGCUGGAGAUGGGAUAUGGGACAAUGGAGCUGCGUGCGGAAGACAGUAUUUGGUGAGGUGUAUCAGCGCAUCAGAGCCUCGUACUUGCAUCCCUGACCGCACAAUUCAGAUCAAGAUCGUGGAUUAUGCUCCUUCUGUUCUGUCUCAACCAUCUGCUUCAGGAACCAGCGUCAUCUUGUCUAGGACAGCGUACGAGGCGGUCGCAAAUUCAUCGGUCAACGCAAUCAACAUAGAAUUCCAACAGGUGUAAUACAGACUUGGAAUGAAGCAGCAACGGCUGCGGCAGCUGCAACGGCACCGGCGGUGGAAUAUAUAUAGCACGUUGAAAAGGACAACAGGAAUCGUUUUGUUUUAUUUCUUUUUGAAUAAGUUUUGAAGAAACGGACUCGAAGUAACAUGAAUGUUUCAAAUAAUAUAUUAUGUCAUGUUUCUAGAAUCUCUAUGGUCCGCGGUGGGUAUUUGUAUAUUUCAUUUGUUGUGAGAAUUUUCUAAGAAAACUAGAAGUAGGGC